AUGCCUGCCGUUACUUCAAUCAUUUGUGCCGGGAAUCGGUCAGAGGUGGGAGAAUAUUGUAAUCCCAACAUUGACUGGGUCACUUUGCUGAGAUCUUUUCUCCUUCCGUUUACUACUGUGGGGCUCAUUGUCGUCUUUAUACAUUCGUUGGACUGGAUUGUCACUGCAAUUGAAACCUGUCUGGAGAAUCGAAAAAAGAAACAGGAGGCCGCCAAGAGAGAAUACCAGCCGCUGUUGAAUCCACCGAAUUUGCAGGGCGCACAUGAGGAAAUUCACGAGAGACAAGGCGAGGAUAUAUCGAUUGAUGAGUUUCAAGGCGAGCAGGAGAAGGGCAUUACAGAGAGGUAUCAGAGGCUUCCGAUCGAGAUGCGACAGACAAAUUAUGGUACAAUUACCAUCUAA